UAUAUUUUUCCCUCCCUGUAUUGCAUCGCAUCUUCCUCUUCAAAGAAAAAGCUCCACUUGUAUUGUAUUGUAUUGUCAUGUUACUUCUUUCUCUGCAAAUCCUUCAUAUUCUGCUCUAUAAAUGUUAAUAAUCUGCAAAUUUUGGAAGCGAAUUUUCUAAAUCGCUCUGUCUCUCUCGCUGCAAUGGACUGUGCCUCCGAAGAUUGCUCCGAUAACUCUCAGCGACCGGACUCACACAAGGACCAGCGAGUCUAUUUCGUUCCUCACAGGUGGUGGAAGGAUGCUCAGGAUUCAAUGCCGGAGGCAGAUUCGGAUAAGAAGAAGGGAAUUGCGUUUGCCUCUUUUCCAGGUUCGUCCUAUGCUGGUCCUAUGAAGAUUAUCAAUAACAUUUUCAACUCAGAUCUUGUGUUCAGUCUUCGGAGGGAGGAGGAUUCACCACGCAUUCGUGAAAAUGGCGAGGUUGGUGUGUCUGGCCGGGACUUUGCUUUGGUGUCUGGGGAUAUGUGGUUGCAGGCACUCAAGUGGCAUAGUGAUUCAAAAAAUGUAAUGAAGGAUGACAAAGGCUUUUCAGCUACUGACAGUGAUAUGGCAGAUGUAUAUCCUUUACAACUCAGGCUUUCUGUUCAGAGGGAAACAAAUUCAUUUGGAGUAAGAAUAAGCAAAAAGGACAAUGCAGUUGAGCUCUUUAAAAGAGCCUGCAAAAUGUUCAGUGUGGAUUCAGAGAUGUUAUGCAUUUGGGACUAUUCAGAUCAGAUAACAUUUUUAAUGAAUGACAACAAUCAGGUCCCAGUUGACUGUCAAAGGCAGUCUGAUCAGGAGAUUCUUUUGGAGUUGCAAGUUUAUGGGUUGUCAGACUCAAUUAGAUGUAGGGAAGGUAAAAAAGACGAGAUGGCAAAUUUUUCUGGCAGUGCUUCACUGAAGAUGAAUGGCACUUAUGAUGGUGCAAAUUCUGAUUGUAUGAAUGCCAAUUCUUUGACCUUCUCUUCAGGCCCUGGUGAAGCUGGUUCCUUGGGAUUAACUGGGUUACAAAACCUAGGAAACACUUGCUUCAUGAACAGUUCCCUACAGUGUUUAGCACAUACACCAAAGCUUGUUGAUUAUUUUCUGGAAGAUUAUAUUAGAGAAAUCAAUCAUGAUAACCCAUUGGGCAUGAAUGGUGAGAUAGCUUUGGCAUUUGGAGAUCUGCUCAGGAAGUUAUGGGCCCCUGGAGCAAGUCCUGUGUCACCAAGAAUAUUCAAAUCAAAACUUGCUAGAUUUGCACCUCAGUUCAGUGGAUUUAAUCAGCAUGAUUCCCAAGAACUUCUUGCUUUUUUGUUGGAUGGUCUUCAUGAAGAUCUGAAUCGUGUUAAAUGUAAGCCUUAUAUUGAAGUCAAGGAUGGAGAUGGUCGACGAGAUGAAGAGGUUGCUGAUGAAUAUUGGCAUAAUCAUUUGGCUCGCAAUGAUUCUGUCAUUGUUGAUGUGUGCCAAGGUCAAUAUAAAUCAACAUUAGUUUGUCCUGUUUGUAGGAAGGUCUCUGUGACAUUUGAUCCAUUCAUGUACUUAUCAUUACCUCUACCUUCAACAACAGUGCGGACAAUGACUAUAACUGUUGUUAGUGGCAAUGGUGGUGAAAUGUCUCAAUUAUCACCAUACACUAUUACUGUUCCAAAAAAUGGAAGAUUUGAAGAUCUGACCCGUGCUCUUGGCAUUGCAUGCUCUUUGGGGGCUGAUGAGACCUUAUUAGUAGCUGAGGUAUACAACAAUUGCAUCAUACGUUUUCUUGAAGAUCCAACUGAUUCAUUAUCCUUAAUCAGAGAUGCUGACAAACUAGUUGCUUACCGAUUUUUGAAAUGUAAUGUGGAUGCCCCUUUGGUUGUCUUCAUAAACCAGCGGAUGGAGGAGCAGUAUGUCUAUGGGAAGCAGACUCUGAAUUGGAAAGCCUUUGGAAUUCCUGUUGUAGAUAGGCUUUAUAGUGUUACAAAUGGAUCUGAUCUCCGCAAUUUGUAUCUAAAGUGGUUCUAUCCAUUUCAAAAUCCAAUUGAAGAGGCCUUAGAAAAUUGUCUCGUGUCUAAGGAAACUGAAGAAGAUGCAGAAACGGAGGUCACAACUCCUAGUUUAGGUUCAAAUGUGAAUGAGUUAGACACUCCUUCAGAUGGAGGAAUGGAGUUUUAUGUUACUGAUGAAAAGGGAACUAUAAAAAAUUCCAAGAUAUUAAUGAAUGAGCCUCUAGCAAUAAAUGGAGACUUAAGGCUGCUGCACGUGCUUGUGUGUUGGUCAGAAGAACAGCUUAAGAUAUAUGACACGCAACUUUGUAGUUCAUUGCCUGAGGUUUUCAAGUCUGGCUUUUUAGCAAAGAGACCUCAAGAAUCAGUUUCUCUAUACAAGUGCCUUGAAGCAUUUUUGCAAGAAGAACCUCUUGGACCAGAAGACAUGUGGUACUGUCCUGGCUGUAAAGAACAUCGUCAAGCUAGUAAGAAGUUAGAUCUUUGGAGACUUCCUGAAAUUUUGGUCAUUCAUCUUAAGAGGUUUCAAUACAGUCGUUACUUGAAAAACAAGCUGGAGACAUAUGUUGACUUCCCUGUAGAUAAUCUCGAUUUGUCAGCUUAUAUUACCUAUGGGAAUGAUGAGUCUUACCAUUACACACUUUAUGCUGUCAGUAACCAUUAUGGAAGCAUGGGAGGUGGUCAUUAUACCGCAUUUGUCCAUCGAGGCGGUGAUCAGUGGUAUGACUUCGAUGAUAGCCAUGUUAAUCCCAUCAGCAAGGAGAAGAUAAAGUCUUCAGCUGCCUAUGUUCUUUUCUACAGAAGAAAUUUCGAAGUAUCAACAUAGUGAUAUAGUAGCAUGUAGUUCGAACAGCCUAUUGAAGCUAGAUGCCAUUUUAUUAACUUUAUUGCCACCAUAGUCUUACAAGGAUACAGAGGGUAAACUUUGGCUCAAAGGUAAGAUUAUUGCAUUGUGACCUGGUGGUCAGAGAAUCUAGUUGCAGAAAUAGUCUCUGCUCAUGGAAUUAAGAUUUAUGUACAUCUUAGCAUCUUCACACCCCACAAUAGGGGUGCAUGAGUAUUGGACCACCCCUUUUCUAUAGUCUUACAAGUAUACUUAACAAGGUAAUUCUUUUGUCAUUUACUCUUUUAGAAGUUUUAGACUAACUGGAGUUUCGGUAGGCAAGAAAUGGAAACUUUGAAAACUUCAGGCAGUACUAUGGAAGACUAUAACAUAGUAACAAUUUAAGAGGUGAGGGACAUACCUGAGAAAUGAAAGCAUAGUGUUUACAGCUGUUUAACCUUGUAAAGAGAAUAUCUAUUCUAAAGAGAGUUGAACCAAAUCCUGUGAAUUAAUUCUACUUCCAAUUAUAUUUUGUUCUUAUUUUGUUCGUUUAGUGAA